CGCAUUAAUAUGUAAAUGAGCUAAACUGUGAGUGAGGUGGUCACAGGGUUUUGAAGAAGCUCCUCUCUCUCCUCCGUCUUUUCUCCUGAGUCACCGGGGCUCAGAACACCGGAGGUGUCCGGUGGAAGCGGGCGGUGGUCGGUCGGUUCGUUUUCUGGCUCCGGAAACCAAACGUCGAGCGUUGAGACGAUGCCCGAGGUGGCGCCGAGCCGAGGCGACAUGACAGCGCUGGCCCCUCCUCCUGAGCCACUGCUCACCAGCAGGCAAGCGUCACCUUCCCGAUCGCCGUCCAAUCACAGCAGCCCCACAGGCUCCCAGACACAUUUAGCAAAAGAACGACGGGAGGACAGAGAGAAGACACAAGAGCUGUCGGAGGUACUGCAGAACAAGGAGCGCCGGGCGCAGCAGCAGCUGGAGCGCUGCGCCGAGGAGCGAGGGAGGAAGAUGGAGGGGCAGAGGAGGAAGGAGCAGCAGCGCCGGGCGGCAGCCGAGGAGAAGAGGAGGCAGCGGCAAGAGGCAGAGCAGGAGAGGCUGGAGGCCCUGGUCCGCCGGAGAGGUGGGGGCGCCGAGACGAGAGGAGGUGGAGGAGGAGGAGGAGGAGGAGGAGGAGGAGGGGAGGCUCGGGACCACCUGGAUAACCGGCCCAAACGUUGGACUUGGGGAGGACCGCCUGACGGAGUGGAGGGUAACCCUAAGACCCCGUCCCGCCCCGCCAUUGGCUCCGCUCAGCCCAAUGAGCUUCCCGCCGCUCCCAGUGCCAGCCAAUCCCAUCACGUCGUCGACUUCCUGUCUCCGCCCACUAUGGAUCCGCCAAUGAACAAGCAGCUCUCCAACUCCUCAGCCGGCCUCCACUCGCCGGAGAGAGCUUCCCCCAGCAACCACAGACCAUACAGAAGUUCCUCCAACCGCAGGAGCAUCGCUGGAUUCCCUGAUGACACGUCCAGAGCCAAAACACCCACGGGGGAGACUCCGAACACACCGGCCCGCACUUCUUCCUUCAGGGCAAACAGUAAAGGCCCGGCUACCCCAAAACGGGUGAGAUCGAACAGGAGCCGCGCCCAGUCUCCCUGCUCCCCCGGACAGUACCCCCCCUCCCCUCUCAGGCAGAGAGCCGCCACCACCCCCGGCGCGGACGACAACAGGGGUCACGCUGAGGUCAAAGGUCACCCCACCCUGGAGAGGAAAUCGACCAAAUCUGAAAGUUCGGAGAAGAAGAUCCCCAAAUCCACCAGCAGAGAGCUGAACGCAGAGUCUCCGGGCACGCCCACUGGCAGAAGCGUCGGUGGGACAACGGACGCCGAGGAGGCGUCCAGGCUGCUGGCGGAGAGACGGCGUCUGGCCCGGAUACAGAAGGAGCAGGAGGAGAGACAACGGCAGGAGGAGGAGAGGCUGAGGGCUGAGGAGGAGCAGCGGAGGCAGCAGGAGGCGAGGGAGCGACAGGAGAGAGCUGCGCUGCAGGCGGAGGAGGAGCGAGUGAGGAGGGAGGAGGAGAGGAGGAGCAAGGAGGAGGAGGAGAGACGACAGAAGGAGCAGCGGUGGAAGGACAUGCAGGAUCAGCUGGACAGAGAGCGGGAGGAGGCGUUCCUCCGAGCCCAGAGAGAGGCCGACAGGAAGAGGCAGGAGAGGGAGCAGCUGCACGUGCAGGAGGAGCAGGAGCGACAGCUGAGGAAGAAGAGAAUCGAGGAGAUAAUGAAAAGGACGAGGAAGAGUGAAGUGGAGCCUCCGUCUGGUGCCUCAGUUUCCGACGAGAGAGCCGAGGCUCCGGCCUCGUUGGAGGAAGACGCUCCGACCCCUGCUGAAGCCCCCGUCAUCACGCUGGGGCCCCUGGAGAACAAGAGCUGUGUGGACGAGUUGUCCGACGGAGUCCAGUCCAUGGACGUUAGUUCUCCAUCUGUCUCCAUCAGUCCCGUGUCCAGGGACGAGCAGGCGAGCGCCCAGGAGUUCUCCCCGGUCGCCGAGGGGCCGGACGGCUGCCCGCUGGAGCACCUGAUGGAGCUGGACGCUCCGGGCCGGGGGCAGCGGCACGGGGCGGAGACGACCCCCUACCCGAAGCUGCAGGCCGGCAGCGGCGGCGUCGGAGACCUCAACAAGAACCUGCUGAUCCAGGCGUACAGCAGCGCCGCCUCCGAGUCCUCCCAGCUCAUCCACAGCGUCGGGCCGAGCAAGCUGGACGUCCAGUAGUCGGGGGCCUUUUUUUUCUGGAGCUGACGAACACCAGGACAAACCAAGAGAACAUCUCCUCCGUCUGCAGCAACAACGACAACAACCAUCUGAUCUCUCAUCUGUAUUAUCGAACCACUCACACUCAUAACCCCGAAGCUUGUGGCCGACAGUGCACAUGGGCAAGUUGGGCUCCGCAGAGUUUGACGAAAAAUCCCCGCAAAUAAUGGGACGUUUGGGGAAAAAAGUAAAAACCAAAGUUCACGAUCAAGUUGAUUUAUGUAAAAAUGUCACUUCAAAAACUUCAACGUCAAUGUGACUUCAAAUCUGGACACGUUGACCCCGGGUUUUGAUUUUUAAGGCGUCUCGCAAAACUUGCUGCCGUCGGAACUCGGACCAUGUGACGACCGAUUGCACCCGAACAGUCCUCUUCUCCUCCGACGUUGCCCAGAUGCACUUGCCACUAAAUGAAUAUCACUCGAGCAUCUCGCGCAUCUUAAAUCUCUCGUCCCCGCUUUUGUAAAACUGUGUAAAUAGAUCCGUCUGGGUCGGGUUGGACGGCGAGCGGAACUCUGUAGCAGUUUAUCUGGAGCGCAGCCGUGACGAAAAAAAACAGACGCCGCCGUCGCGUGAAUCCUGUGUAGCAUCUCCAGUGAGGACGAGCUCGCGGAGCUGUGUAAUGCCCGUGGUCGUAGCUUUGUACAACGAUGUGUGUGUGGCAGCGGCUCCUGCGUUUAUUUCUCUCACCGCUGACGGCGACUCCCUACUUCUGUGAAACCAAUCAACCGAUAUUAUAUUAACCCCCCCCCCCCUCGCUGUCGCCUCCGUAACACGUAAAGCCUUUAGCUUUCCUUUUUGUUUUUGCUUUCUCUGCCGCUCAUCACCGACGAUUCACGGCAACGAUGUGAAGAAAACGUGGCGUGAAGAAAAAGAAAGGAAAGUGUUUGACACGGUGUGUUGUGUGUGCGUCCGGCACCGACUGUAACCGCGCGGGCUGCAUUUCAUAGUGUGCACUUAGCAGUAGUUGUGUGUAUUUCACCGCUCCACCUCACCUCCCCGACUUAAAUAUACCUCACAGAUUGAAGAUAUAGACUCUGGUGUGAGGCAGCGUUCACCACGUCUCAGCUCAUCACCUCUUGACGCCUUAAACCUCUGUGCAGGCGGCGUCUUCGCUCGUAAUCCCUCAGGAUGUCUCGUCCAGCAUGUGCACUUUUCGCUCUUGUAAAGGCCCCUCGUCCACCUCGACUGCAGAAAGUAGAGAAAACAGGUAUGGGACAUUUGGGGGGGGCACAAACCCUUAGAUGAUCAGGACCAUAGCCAGGAUUUUUAGAUAAUGCUAAGUUUAUAAUAAGUAAAACAUUCUCCUGUAUGGAAGCGAAUCUGUCUCAAUAAUUUCAAUAACUGAUUUUCACCUGUGUUUUUCAAUGUUUUAAAAAAGAAUCAGAGUAAUGGAAUAUUCAGCAUAAAAAAAUUCAGUGUAAAACAAAAUUGCGAUCGUUUCUGUGUGAACCCGAACCGACAUCCAGCCGUUCACUGUGGUGAAGUUCAGAUGCAAAAAAAUUCUGAUACAUAAUUUCAAUGCAAAAAAAAUCCGUAGCAGAAAUUUGUCGCCUUUUAAAUUUCAGUCUGGUUUGAGACAGAUUUGCUUCCAUACUCCUGCCCACCUUUAAAAGUGUACACCAACCAAACUCUGUUGCAAUCUUCAGAGUAUUUAAUGUCAAUCACAUUCUAAUUAUUCAUGUUUUUUUUACAUUUGAUUUCCCCAUUCUGAUGCAUUAUACUAAUACUUUUUAUUUUAUUUAUUUUGUUUGUUUAUUUGGUCUCAAAACUGUCAAAGAAAAAGAAAGCCUCCCGUGUCGUAUGUGUUAUUGUAGAAUGUAAACAAAUCACAGGAACACUGUGGUGACAACUACUUUAUUUCACUUUACGUUGUGGUCAUGAAUGUGUCAAAGAAAGAUGGUGAUGGUGAAAGUACGUGAGAGGUUUUUCUUUCCAGGGGGCAAGGAACCAAAAAUUGGAUCCGACUGCAAAGAGAGCGAGAGAGUUCCUCCGUCACUGCUGCGACCUUCAGCGCGUCGCCUCCCGUCUCCACGUCCGCUCAUCAUUCACUCCUCCGGAUACGUUCUGCUGAAACUCAUUGUAAGAGGUGGUUGGGUCGGGUGGGGUGGGGGGGGAUCUCCCAGUUCCCCCCUGUGUAUACCACGUUAAAUAAAAAAUGAAUAAAAGGACAUAGUGUUUAUCCUCAUAUAACUUUAAAACCCUGUGACACUGCAGCUUGGUGGAAUAUAUCAUUGUGUAGACGUGGUGCAUGGAUAACUGCUGAAAAAGAACAAAUAAACGUCAUCAAGCCA